UUUUUAAAUGGUUAUUUUUAUUCAAAUUUGAAAUAUCUACUUUAAUAAUUAUAUGUGAAGAUUUAUGGGAAACUAUAAGAGAUAGUGAAUCGAAUAAUAGGGCAGCGACCGCAUGCCUAGGCUGUCAAAACACCGCUCCAUGAUAACGCAACCGCAACAAAUUUCGGCACUGAUAACUCACGUUGGGACAUACGCACUAUUUAUGAAGUCCAUGUCAUAUACCCAUAAUUAAAUUUUAGAUUAGUAUAAAAGAGCUCGAACGGUAUACCAAGCCAUCAGUUACGCACUGAACUACAGUUGAGUACGCUUAGUGCAAUCAAAAACUAAAAUUUUUUAUUCGAAUUUCAAAAGGAAUUCUCUAAAUAACUACUUAAAAUGGCUGAUAAGAAGAAUCUGUUGUUGCUCUUCGACCGUCCCACUGAACCAGUCUUCAUGGAGAAGGGACGCGCAGCGGUGUUCGAUGUGCCCGAUAAGUUCCUCACGGAUCGCUACCGUCCCAUCGGUAAUGAGGUGCAAAGCCGUUUCGGUGAGAAGGCCGAACAACGCAUUCCAGUUAGGGAUAUCUCCAUCCCCGAUCUACGCCUACCUAUGUCACUGCCACGCGAUGCACAAUUUUCGCUUUUCAUACCGGCUCAUCGUCGCAUUGCGGGUCGUUUGAUUGACAUCUUCAUGGGUGUGCGUUCAGUUGAUGAUCUGCAGAGUGUUGCUGUGUAUGCACGUGAUCGCGUCAAUCCAUACUUGUUCAAUUAUGCACUAUCUGUGGCAUUGCUCCAUCGUCCGGACACCAAAGGGCUGGAUCUGCCAUCUUUCGCGCAGAACUUCCCCGACAAAUUCGUCGACUCACGUGUAUUCCGACAGGUGCGCGAAGAGGCCACUGUGGUGCCAGAUGGUUCGCGUAUGCCAAUCACCAUACCACGUGAUUACACCGCUUCGGAUUUGGAGCCUGAACAUCGGCUGUGGUACUUCCGUGAGGAUCUUGGUGUCAAUCUUCAUCAUUGGCAUUGGCAUUUGGUAUAUCCAUUUGAGGCUGGCGAUCGUGCCAUUGUGAAUAAAGAUCGUCGUGGUGAACUCUUCUACUACAUGCAUCAACAAGUGGUUGCCCGUUACAACUUGGAGCGCUUCAGUAACAAUCUGGCACGAGUUGUACGUUUCAAUAAUUUGCGUGAACCCAUUGCUGAGGGCUACUUCCCUAAGAUGGAUUCAUUAGUAUCAAGUCGGGCAUGGCCACCACGUGUUGAGGGUACGAUAUUGAGAGAUCUGAACCGUGAGUUGGACCAAAUCAAUGUGGAUGUGAGUGACAUGGAGCGCUGGAGGGAUCGCAUUUUCGAGGCUAUAUCUCAAGGAUUCGCCACCGAUGAGAGUGGCAAUCGUGUACAAUUAGAUGAUGUUCGUGGUAUUGAUAUUUUGGGUAACAUUAUGGAAUCGUCCAUACUUUCACCAAAUCGUAGCUUGUAUGGUGACUUCCAUAACUUGGGUCAUGUGUUCAUUUCCUACUCUCACGACCCUGAUCAUCGUCAUUUGGAAAGCUUUGGUGUCAUGGGUGAUUCUGCCACUGCUAUGCGUGAUCCCGUUUUCUACAGAUGGCAUGCAUACAUCGAUGAUAUCUUCCAGGAACAUAAGACCCGUUUAACCCCCUAUACACUACCGGAACUCAACUACGAUGGUAUUUCUGUAACUGGUGUACAAGUAAGUCCCGAAGGUGGUCGGCCAAAUGUAUUGCAAACUUUCUGGCAGCAAUCCGAUGUUGAUCUCUCACGCGGCAUGGACUUUGUGCCACGCGGCAAUGUGUUCGCACGUUUCACCCAUCUCCAACACGCUCCAUUCACCUACACCAUCAACGUCAACAAUGACAGCGGUGCUCAACGUUUCGGCACAGUGCGCAUCUUCUUGGGACCCAAGACAGAUGAGCGCGGACAGGGAAUACUAUUCAAGGAUCAACGUUUACUCAUGAUUGAAUUGGAUAAAUUCAUUGUGUCAUUAAACCCUGGCCAAAACACCAUUCGUCGUCGCUCCACCGAAUCCAGUGUCACCAUACCCUUCGAACGUACUUUCCGUAAUUUGGACGUGAAUCGCCCAGCUGCCGGUAGUGCUGAAGAGCUCGAAUUCAACUUCUGCGGUUGCGGUUGGCCCAACCACAUGCUCAUUCCUAAAGGUUUGCCCGAAGGUAUGAACUGUGAACUGUUUGUUAUGGUGUCCGACUACGAUCAGGAUAGGAUCGAGCAACAAUUGGUUGGUUCUUGCAGUGAUGCUGCAUCAUACUGUGGCGUGCGCGAUCGUCUCUAUCCCGACCGUCGUGCCAUGGGCUAUCCGUUCGACCGUCUCUCUCGUGCUAGCGCCGAUCGCCUCGUCAAUUUCUUGACCCCCAAUAUGAGCAUUGUGGAUGUGGUAGUACGUCACGAUAACCGCGUUGUGUGAGGCAGCGCCUGAACGAUUUGUGGGAACGAUGUUGCGACUAUUUGAUGACCUAUGACUCGAUAUUAUUACGAAAAUUUAUAUUAUUAUACUACAUAUUUCAAAAAGAUAAAUUAUAGCAGAACUGUUGGGAGAUUAAAUUGACUUUUUAUAAUGCAAAUUUGAAA